AUGUCUUCUCAAAAAAUAGUUAGUGUUGGAAUUGAUUUAGGAACUACUUGUUGUUAUGUUGCUUGUAUUGAAGAUGGUAAUGAACCAAAAAUACUUCUAAUGAAUAAUGAAGACUAUUUACCUUCAUGGAUUUCUCUUUCAAAUGUUAAGAAUGGUUUAGGAGUUAUUAUAGGAGAAGCUGCAAAGAAUAAUAUUCACUCUCAUUGUGUGGGAUAUGACUCUAAAAGAUUAGUUGGUAGAAAAGUUGAUGAGAUUAUGGAUUGGGAAAAAAGACUAUGGUCUUUUGAAGUUGUUGAAAAGUAUGGAAUGUCAGCACUUUCGAUUUAUAACCCAUUGACUGAAGAGAAUGAAGUCUUUGUUGCUGAAGAAGUUUCUGGUUUUUUAGUAAGGAAAUUGAUGGAUAUUGUAAAAGGAACUCAAAGCAACCCAAUAAUAGAAGGCGUUGUUGUUACAGUACCUGUUAAUUUCAGUGACAGUCAAAGACUUGCAACUGAAAGGGCAGUUAGGUUAGCAGGAGUUAAAGACGUUAAUAUCAUAAAUGAACCUUCUGCAACCAUUCUUUUGUAUCAAAAUGAAUUUCACAUUAAAGAAGGAAAUAGAGUUGUUGUUAUAGACUUUGGAGGAGGAACAUUAGAUGUGUGUUGUUGUGUUAUUCAAAAAGAUGGUAUUAAAGUUUUGUCCAAUGGUGGAAAUCAAAAUUUAGGGGGUAACGAUUUUGAUAGAGUUAUUUCAGAUAUAAUUAAACAAAAAAUGAUUGAACUAUAUGUGGUUGAUAAUGAAGAUUAUUGGGAGAGAACCGAAAAAGAUACAAAAGAGCAAGCAAAUAUAAAAAGUAAGAGAUUGGCACUUCUUAAAAAAGAAUCUGAAAGAGUUAAGAUUGAAUUAUCAAUGCAAGACAAUGUUGAUAUAAAUUUAGAAAAUCUAAUAGAUAGUGAUAAUGAAAUAGUCUAUAAUAUUAGUAUUAGUCAAGAUGAAUUUCAAAAAGGAUGCGAUGAGGUAGAAAUAAUGAAAUGCUUUACUAAUUGUAUUAAUGAUGUUUUGAAUCGAGCAAAAUUUAAUGAAAAUAACGUUGAUUUGGUUAUUCCUGUUGGUGGAAGUUGUAUGAUUCCUUUUGUAAGAGAAAAAAUAUCAAAAUUAUUUAGUUCAACAAAACUGGCAGAUCCUAGAUUUAAUUGCAGAACAUCUGUAGCCAGAGGAGCAGCACUUAAAGCCUCAAAUAAAACUCAAAUAAAAAAUCUUAAUUUAUAUGAAACCGUUCCGUUUAAUAUUGGGUUUGAGAUAUCAGGGGGUAAACUAGACCCUUUUAUCAAAGCUGGAGAUAAACUUCCUCAUUCAUCAAUAAAGAAGUUUCUUCCAGAGAAAAAAAAUCAAACAUUUGUGAUUUAUUCAAUUUAUAGAGGGAUGUCUUCUUAUAUAGAAAAUGAUGAAUUUGUUGAUUCUGUAACUAUUAAAGGAAUACCAGAAAAUAAUUCAAAAAUUGAAAUGACAGUUAAAUGUCAGGUUAAUAGAAAUGGAAUAGUAAACAUUGAAAUAUAUCAAGAUGGGAAAAACUACAAAGAUAAAAUUGAUUAUCAAGUAUCUCUUCAAUCAAUAUUCAUUGGAUUAAUUAAUAGAUAUGCUAAAAUUAUACUCAAAAGAAGAACAGUUAAAGCAACAGUGACAAAGCCAUUUCUUUGUAUUGAAUUUAUUGAAUUUGAAGAAACAGAUACAAUAUUAUUUUGGGAAGUCAUUGAAAAUAUGAUUAAAAGUAUGUAUAAUGAAGAUAGAAAGAAUGAUAUUAAAGAAACAACAGCAAGUGAAAGAUUAAAACGAAAUAGAAUUAUUUAUUCAAUUCAUCUUUUAGAAGAUAUACUUGGAGAAUUAGGAUAUAGUUUUAAACAUCAAACAAUUAAAAGAAAAAAUGGACAAAUAGCACUUGAAUUUGUGGUAGGAAUAUUUUACGAUAAUUCAGUGGUUAUGAUGGAAGAAGGGAUUGUCAAAAAAGGGGGUGAAUUGAAUCAAUAUUUUAUGAAAUUAUUAAAAACAACACAAUUUGUUGUUAUUACAAAAGACAAUACUGAAGUUCAAACAAUCAUAAAUACAUAA